AUCCCACCAUUAAAAAGCACCAUUUCUCUUACACAAAUAAUCUCUAAUUUCUUUCUUUUUUUGUUCUCUAAAUGGAAGAAGUUUGGAAAGACAUAAGUCUCUCUUCUCUCCACUCCCGCUCCGAUCAUGACUUCUCCUCCGCCGCUCCCACUCCCAUCAGUCUCCACCUCCACCACCACCACUCCGCUGCCAACUUACGCCACAUCAUCCUCCAAGACUUCCUUUCUACUUCCACUUCCAAACUCGACUCCUCCUCCUCCUCCUCCUCCGCCCUCGCUCUCCCCCCCGUCCCUGCCCCCCCACCUACUCUCUUAUCCUUGAAUUCCACAAGGGAAUUACAUUUCCCCGAUAACAACUCCAUCGCCACCGCCACCGCCGCCGCCCACUUCCGCCACCACGAUCCUUCCUCUCUCUCCGCCGCCUUCCACAGCCCCUUUGAUCAACUCCUCGGCCCACCACCCUUCGCCAAAAAAAGGCUCUCUGAUUCAGAUAACUCCGGCGAUCGCCGGCAGAAACGCAUGAUCAAGAAUCGCGAAUCCGCCGCCCGAUCUCGUGCACGAAAACAGGCUUACGCAAACGAGCUGGAGCUUGAAGUGUCUAAUUUAAAGGAAGAAAAUGCAAAACUUAGGAGACAACAGGAAGAGCUACAAGCAGUGGCGAUGGCUCAGGUUCCAAGAAAACACAGGCUGCAGCGGACAUCAACGGCGCCGUUUUAGCGAUAAGAGGAGGGGUUUGUUUGAGGGUUAAUUUUGUUGGGGGAUGAAAAGGAAGGAAUUUUCUGAAAUGUUUGCAUAAAGAAAAGGGAAACACUUUGGUGAUUUAGGUUAAAAGAAAAAAAAAUUAACAGAGAACUAAUUCUAAACUUGAUGAUGCUGAUGAUGAUGAUGAUGAUGAUCAGUGUUUGUGUAGGGCAGAUUCUAAAAAAAACAAAAAAAAAAAAAAGUUAAUUUGCUUUGAUUAUGGAACCAACAACUCUCCUUUUUCUCUCUA